AUGUCCCUUCCUCCUUCUCCCUUCAUUCAUGUGCACCGACCGUUCCUCCACUCCUUUUCAUCUAACAUCCGUAACUCGGCCUGUGGAUUUUCCGUGGCACUGACCCGUUUGAACGCGGGAGAUUUCAUAGUUGUGGCGCACAUAUUAUUCGCCCAUCUUCCUCCGGGCAUCGUUCGUGGUCAAACACGUUACGCCACGGCCCGCCGCAAAAACUUGUUCAAGCCAUCAAGCCUCGUUGUCUUCAUCACCGCAACACGAUGCGCAAUUUGGCGUAGUGCCCUUCCAACGACUACUUUUUAUAGUAAGGCAUUGGUACUUGAAUCCUCAAACGUGUCAACACCCGUCUGUUUUCGACAUGAAUCCGUCAAGUUCCGAUUCGGUCGUCCGCUGGGCCCUUUGUGCGUGUAUGGGCAUGAGGCGCGCGUAAUUCAGUUCUCAUCGGUCACCGCUGCCUCGUCUACAGGAAAGGGCCCCAAUCCUGGCCCCAUCCCAUUUGCUCGAACAUGGGAUGCUGGAAUUUCCGAGGGCCCGGGAAUGUUCUAUGCCAUGAUCCUCCUGGAGAAGACCGGUUUGUUCGCCAUCGUCAUCAUGAUGGAUCAUGGGAGCGCUAUCGAAUGUUUGGGCAAAGGGCUGAGGAGAUUCACUUCGCGUGUCGUCUCAUGGACAAGUCCUAUUCUGGAUGGGACCAAGGUUAUUAGUCUGCGAUCUGCUUGGAUGAACGUAUGGGAGUUGGAGAACCGAGUCAUCCAUGACGAAGAACCACGGAGGCCUUCGAGCUAUGGAAUCUCGCGUUCACAACAGGUCCAUCUAUCAUACGUGAAUGAGACCCGAGGUCCACACGAUGGGGAUUUGGAUCAGCCCGACCUGAAUUUUAUGGCCCAACUCUCGGAGCGAUGGGAUUCUGCCGACGUCACCGCUACUCCAACAACCAACCGCUUCCAAGUCACGACCGGUGAAUAUGGAUAA